AUGAGGAACGCCAGCAAGGAGCUGCCCGGCGCCGGCAGCCGCUACGCCCCCUGCGACUGGUAUUACCACCUUCCCAUGCAGCGGUCUGAGAAGGCUGUGGACGCCCCGCCCAUGUCCCAGAUCCCAGGGCUCAGCGAGCGCCGGGACACCCCCAGCAGGCACCUGCUGGGGCCCCGGCGGUACUGGAUCAAAGACACGGACUCCGAGUACGUGAAGCUGGCCAAGCAGGGCGGCCAGCCCGAUCUGCUGAUGCACCUGGCGCCCGGGUCCAGGAAAAGCUCCAGGAAGGGCUCGCCCGUGCCCGUCGCCUACUCCCUGCCGGACUGGUACGUCCACCACAGCCAGCCGCCCGCGGGCAGCCAGAGGCGGGGCCUUGCUGCCUACAUGCCGGAUUACAUGGUUCACAAGGAGUUCAGCCCCGGCCUGGCCAGCGGGAACUACGAGUUCCGAAGGGGGCCCUUCGACUUCGACGUGAAGACCAUCUGGCAGCGGGAGGCGGAGGAGCUGGACCAGAGGAAGAAGGUGCGGCUCCCCGCCAUCACCUCCAGGUCCCCCAGCAAAGCGGGGACCCCACCGGGCCCCCGAGAUCCUGCAGGAAGGCUCUCCUUCCCUCCCAUGCCUGGCCACAAAGCCAGUUCCCCCACCAACUUCUCCAAACUCAUCAGCUACGGGUACAGGGAUGAGUGGCUGCAGCAGCGAGCUGGUGCGGACAGGAGCCCCCCGCAGCCGCCCCCAGCGCCCGAGGCCCCCAAGGACCUCCAGGGGCAGGACGCCGAGCAGCUUCCGGACCCUGAGGCUCCGGAAGGCUCCGCAGAGGCCCAAGAUCCAGGCUCCCCUUUGGCCGCAGGGACGCCCCCAGAGCUCAAGUAA